GGGCAUUGAAGCUGUCUGCCCGGCAAGCCAUGAUGGGGAAAGAUGUGAAGAUUCCUUGCCUCAUCACAGUCAAGAACCCUCCUAUUGAUCGCAAAGAUCUCUCAAUAAUUUGGUACUUCCAGGGAAAGGAAAUAUUAAGGUUUCAGAAUACAGCAGUGAAAUCUACAGAUUCUCGUAUGUCCUAUACAAGCCGGGCAGAGGAUGGAAUCGCUGAUCUUUCUAUAUCGAACAUCAAUAUAACAGACGAAGGGAUCUAUAGGUGCUCCAUACUGUACAGGUCAGAGACGGAAGAGAAGGAGAUCCGACUAGAUGUACAAGCUACUCCACAGAUCAACAUUACAGACAAUGUCGUCGUAAAAAAUAAAGAGAGUUCCCUACGUAGUGUCAUCUCUGGAUUCUAUCCGGUGGACAUCGACAUUAAAUGGCUCCGAGAUGGAGAGAUACUGGACAAGGUUAUCGUGGAGAAACCUCAGAGAGACCCGGAUGGGACGUACAGUGUGAGGAGCUCAGUAACAAUAACACCCACUGAGGACGACGGAAAGCGGACCUUGUCCUGUAGAGUCCAACAUGAGUCUCUUACUACACCUCUCCAGGAGGACUUCCAGCUGGUGUUUGGAGAUAUCCCAUCCGUUCACAUUACUUCCCAAGCGUUUAAGUUGAAUAUUCAGCAGAACUUGGGGUGCAGAGUUUCUGGGUUUUACCCAGAAUCCAUCAAAGUGAACUGGUACUUGAAUGGCACCCUGGUGGAGAAAGAUAAGACUCAGAGGAUCAGUAGCUCAGAUGUGGAAUCCGUCUACCCCUUCACCCCGACACAACAGAACUGGGACAUGGAGCUGACAUGUGUGGUGGAACAUGGAACCCUCACCACCCCACAUAUGGUGAGACUGCUGGUACAAGCCACAGAUCUAGAGGCACGGUAUAAAUGCCAUGUUGUAUUCGCCAGUGUAGCGCUGAUCUUAAUUACUGGAGCUUUAAUCAUUGUUCUGUUAUUCAUCAAGCAAAGAAGAAAGCGCUUUCCAAAGGUGAGGAAUAUCACUCGCUCUUCGGGUGGUACUUUCAGCUUAGAUGUGCAUCAUUUUUACCCCAAAAAUAUUACUGUAUCGUGGGAGGUGAUCCAGCUACCAUCAAACACACAGCCUCAUCCCAUAGAAUCUACCAUUAUAAUAACUCAAAACCAAGAUGGAACCUUCAAUGCCACCAGCACUUGUGAAAGCCUCAGAGGGGUGGUCCAUGAAAAUGAGGUAUAUGUUGUGCGAGCCGUGGUGGAUCACAGCAAACUGAAAGACGUAAAACGAAAAGAAUGGAGAAGCGAUGAUAAAGAUAACAAAGAUUUUCUUGCCCUGCCAGAAGUUGAGAUGAUACAAAUACCAACAUUGUAUGUCAAUAAACAAACACAACUGCAAUGCACGAUAUCACACUUUUACCCUGAUGUCCUGACAGUGGAUUGGUUAAUGAAAGAAAAGGGAAAGAGUGGAUUUCCUCUAAAUAACAGUGAGCGAUACAACAUUCCUGACAGCCGAUCUAAGCUCCAACCAGAUAAAACCUUCACCCAUACAGCACUUCUGAAGUUCACCCCAUUACUAGAGGAUGUGGGAUCAGAGGUCACCUGCAGAGUGAGCCAUCCCAGUCUAAAGGAACCAAUAGAGAGGACAACUGGAACAUUACAGGUGCUGGCUACGCCUGAACUCCAGCAGCCAAUACAACUCUCAGUCACAAACUCCGGGGAUGUGGUGGGUUCUUUAACCCUUCUAAACUUUUACCCCCAAGAUAUAAUGGUUAAUUGGACCUGCAAUCCCGACCAAUACAAAGAGAGCCUGCCAAAGAAGAAGGUCAUUGGCAAUCAAAAUGGCACAUUUAGACUUGACAGUCAAUAUACAAUUCCAGGAAAACUCCUAGAGAACACACAAUUUAUCAUGAAAGUCACAUGGAAACAUGAAAGCAUGAAAAAUCCAGAAUACAGAGAGAUCUCCAUACAAGAUCCAGAUUUUCCAUGGCGUCCGAGAAUUGAAGAUAUGAGCCCUCUCAUUCUGCAAGUCGGUCAGGAGACCAAAGUGACGUGUCAAAUCUCCGGUUAUUUCCCGGGAAAUCUAAGAGUGACUUGGCUGGAAAAGAGAGGGAAAACUUUCCCUAACCCAAUAAAUAAAUCGGACAAGUACCGUAUACCUGAUAUAGAACAUAAGAGGAUGGCUGAUAACACCUAUCAGUGCUCCCCUUCCCUGUCCUUCACACCGACAUCAGACAAGGAGGAUCUGGAGUUUAUCUGCAGAGUGGAACAUCCCAGCCUGGAACACCCAAUAUUACAAAGCACAGGACCACCUAUGAUAAAUGUUCCCCCCCAGGAGCUGAACGAUGUGAAAUUCACUCUCCUCGGAUCAGACCAAGUUCUCUGUUCUCUGAGUUUAAUGAAGUUUUACCCCCAAAACAUUAACAUAACAUGGAGCUAUACAGAACGCUAUACUAGACCUUUAACAUCAAUCAAGAAAAUCAUUCAGACUGACAAUGAGAAAACAUUUGAUGCCAUAAGUGAGUGUACCGUUCCCUGGAAGUAUUUCAUGUCCUCGGUGCGGGUGACCUGGACACAUGACUCACUGAAAGAGGCCGGAUACCGAGAUCUGAGUAUCACAGAUCUUCCCUGGUGCCCUGUGAUAGAAGAAAUAGACAAAUUGCCAAUACUUGAGAAAACUGAGGCCAACCUGCAGUAUAAAAUCUCUCAGUAUAUCUCACCAAGUGAGCUCACUGUCACUUGGCAGAAGAAAGAGAAGAAUGGAAAACUGACCUCUCUGCCAAUCUAUAGAUCAAAAUAUAGACCAGAUACUUCCAGGCCUCAGUUACAACCAGAUAACACAUACAGCUGUACAACAAGUUUACUGAUCACCCCAUCACUUCUAGAUGACCAGGAGUCAGAGUUCAUCUGCCGAGUGGACCACCCCAGCCUGCAGAAACCCAUAGAAAGAAGUACAGGACCAUUACUAGUCUGCGAUUUUCCGUGGCGUCCUGAAGUUACAGAGCUCUCCAAUCCAGUUCUGUUACUUGGUCGGUCGGUGACGGUGGAGUGUGAGAUCUCUAAUUUCUUCCCCAAUAACCUGACUGUGAUGUGGUAUGUGAAGGAGAGAGGAAGUCAGGAAUAUGUCCUGGUGUUUCUGAGCAAACUCUACACCACAAUGACCUCCCAGCUACAAUCCUCAGAUUCUGGGUACUCCUGUACCGCCUCUAUAGAGUUUAUCCCAUCUCUCUCCUCUCACCAUGGGGUCAUGUUCAUGUGUAAGGUGAAACAUCCCAGCCUGGAACAUCCUAUAGAGAGGAUCACCAAACCACUAUUCAUACCAUCGGCCCCGGUGGUAACAGAUUCAGUGAAAUUAAAUCCGUGUGAACCAGAGGAGGUGCUCUGCUCUGUGCGCCUGGAGAAGUUCUUUCCCAAAAACAUCAACCUUACAUGGACAUUUGGAGAAAACAAAUACCGUCUAUACACACCUAAGAAAACUCUUCUAGUAGACGAUGAAGAGGAAACAUUCGGUGUUAUCAGUGAGUGCAAAAUUCCCUGGAAGAGGCUACAAUUUCCUGUACGGGUCACCUGGGAACACGAGUCUAUGGCAGAACCUCAAUCUAAAGAGCUACCUGGACCAGAACUUCUCGGACGCCCACAUAUUGAUUCCCUAGAAACAUCAAUGCUCAAUGAUAAAUACAAAAUAGAAUGCAGAAUCUCUGGAUAUUCCCCAAACAGAUUGACAGUCACCUGGAUUAAGAAGAGUAGGGGAAGAAAUGAAAGUGUUACCAACGAUCAGAAAUACAACAUCCCAGACAUUGUACACCAGAAACAGCUAAAUAACACCUUCAGCUGUACAGCCAGCCUGUCGUAUGAACCGAGGCAUGGGGGGUCAGAGUUCAUAUGUAAAGUGGAGCAUCCCAGCCUGGAUCAGCCCAUUGAGGAACAUACAGGACCACUAAAGCUACAGCAACCUGAUACAAGUCUCCAAAAACAAAAUCAAACAGAAACAGAAGAAAUGGGACAGAACAAAGAUAUGACAACAGGCACAAAAUCUUCAAAGGGAACAAUUGGAAGACAUGGCUACUGAAUCUGACUGAGGGGAACAAUAUUGUUUUCUACCAGUUCUUUGCAGGGCAAAUGGAAGCUAUGAGGUGAUAACCCAAGACUACGAGUAUCUAGAUAUGAAGUAUGAAUUUAUCAAGCUGUCUGCAUCCCACCAAAUCUGACCAUCUGUAUGGACACCAAGAAUGAUCUCAAUUUGCCUGGACCUGCACUGUGACGCCUGACAUGUUUAGUUACGAAGUUACUAUUUUAGCAGUAUUAAAGAUUGAUUAAUCUUCAGGAAGUAAUUUAAGUAAUUGUAAA